AUGUUGGAACUGAGGCUUGUGCAGGGAAGUCUGUUUAAGAAGGCGCUGGAAGCGAUCAAGGACCUGGUGACCAAUGCUAACUUCGACACUUCAACUGCUCGGUCACCGGCCCAGGCCAUGGAUUCCAGCCACGUUGCUCUAGUAGCUCUCCUCCUGAGAUUUGAGGGCUUCAACCACUACCGUUGCGAUUGGAAUCUGUCCAUGGGGAUGAACCUUAACAACAUGUCCAAGAUGCUCAAGUGUGCCGGAAACGAAGAUAUCGUCACUCUUAAGGCCGAUGAUGGCAGCGACACUGUUACUUUCAUGUUCAAAAGCCUAAAUCAAGAUAAGAUUGCAGGUUUUGAGAAUGAAGCUAAUGGGCAUAGACAGUGAGCAUCUUGGAAUCCCCGAAGCAGAGUACCAAGCCAUUGUCCGUAUGCCUU